CUCACUCCGGCCUCUUGCAUACGGUAGCUCACUUUGAGUUCAAUUCAGUAGAUAGUGGAUAGUGUACUCUCAGCGAACGCACACGGAUCCUAACUGCGCUCGGGGCUCAUUAUCGAUUAAGGGGGACUUUUUGAAUUGAGUUAUUCACAUUAUCGGCAAGAGACUGAUUAAGUAAUUAACAGAAAACAAACCCAGAAUGGAUGGAAGCGGCAUACUCACACUUAUGCUGCUGUUUUCUGCCAGAGGGCUGUUUGUGCUGGGGAGUUCUAUGGACAACGAGACCAAUCUGGAUCCCCAAAUCUCCCAUCAGAGCAUCAGUGACUCCCGGAACAAGAUUGUGACGGCUCAGUAUGAAUGCUACCAGAAAAUUAUGAAAGACUAUACUUACGACAAACAAGAAUCGGUGUGCGGCAGGACCUGGGAUGGCUGGCUGUGUUGGGAGGACACAGAGGCAGGCUUCACCACAGAGCAGCACUGUCCAGACUACUAUAACAACUUUGAUACUAAAGAAGUGGCAUCCAAAGUUUGUACUGAAACAGGUAAUUGGGGUCGCCACCCCGAAAGUAAUAGGACAUGGACAAACUUCACACUGUGCAGGGGCAACUCCACGGAAGGUGAAAUGAAUGCGAAGAACCUCCUCUACUUAGUUCUAAUCGGCCAUGGAUUAUCAUUAAUAUCUCUGUUCAUCUCAUUGGGAAUAUUCUUUCACUUCAAGAGUUUAAGCUGCCAGAGGAUAACGCUGCAUAAAAACCUCUUCUUCUCAUUUGUGUUAAACUCUAUCAUCACCAUCAUCUGGUUGACUGUGGCAGACAACCGGGAACUUGUUGAGAGUAACCCGGUGAGCUGUAAAGUGGUCACUUUUAUCCACCUCUACCUGUUUGGCUGUAACUACUUCUGGAUGCUGUGUGAGGGCAUCUACCUGCACACGCUCAUAGUCGUGGCAGUGUUCGCAGAGAAGCAACACCUUAUGUGGUACUACCUUCUUGGAUGGGGAUUUCCAUUGAUACCUGCUCUGAUACAUGCUGUAGCCCGCUGUUGCUACUACAAUGACAAUUGUUGGAUCAGCUCUGACACCUCCCUUCUGUACAUCAUCCAUGGUCCUAUCUGUGCUGCACUACUAGUCAACCUGUUUUUCCUGUUGAACAUUGUGCGUGUCCUCAUCACCAAGCUGAAGGUGACCCACCAGGCUGAGUUCAGCCUCUACAUGAAGGCUGUGAGGGCCACACUCAUCCUGGUCCCUCUGCUAGGCAUCCAGUUCGUCCUGCUCCCCUACAAGCCCGAGGGACGCUCUGCUGAGAUAUAUGGCUAUGUCAUGAACAUCCUCAUGAACUAUCAGGGUCUUUUGGUUGCUACGAUAUUCUGCUUCUUCAAUGGAGAGGUCCAAAGCGUUUUACGGCGACACUGGAAUCAGCAGCGGAUGCAGUUCGGGGGCACCUUCGCCCAUGCCGACGUGUUUCGCUCCGCCUCUUAUGUGGCGUCAUCUCUGACUGAAGUCCACCGUUGCUACAGCAUAGACGGACACACUGAGCACAUGAACGGGAAGAACUACCUGGACAUCGAGACCACUAUCCACAGGUCGGACAACCCAUUUGCUUGAGGCCAGGUCCCAGGGAGCCAUCAGGAGCCGGGGAAAAGAUAGAGUCAGGUUUCACCAAUCUAUGGGAUUACUGUGGCCAUUAUACAGUGGUAGAUGAGAUGGGGGAAGAAAACUCUUUUGAGAGAUAUAGAGAAAGUUCAUUCCAAAGACCUGGUUUCACUAAGACUUACAAACCAAUUAAUACCUUCAGCAUGCAUGGAACCUGCCUUCCUAGAGGGGACUUAGUCAACAGUAUAACCCUACAAAGGAAGGGAAAGGGUCUACCUGCAACUGUAUAUGGCAUUAGCUUUUUAUCCUAAGGACAAUACAAUCUGUUCAUGUGCAAUAGACGCUUUGAUUGCUGAAUUAAAGUUUAGCAGAAAAACUAUUCUGGGCUAAACUACAUAGAAAGGAAUCCAACAGAACCUUAGGCACUGAAGUUAUAACUUGUAACAGACACUUCAUAACUUUCUGUGAAAAGAAUCACACUGUUAUACUGAUUGAACCACACCACAAGCGUCCUUCCUAUUGCUGGAGCUUUAAACCAGGCUCCCAAUGUGUAAUUUGAUGUCUGGUACAUGAAAUGAACCCACUUUAAAUCGUUAAAGUGUAUUGAAUAGGUGUCUGUGUAAGUUGCUUCAAGUCCAAAUGCUGGAGAGAAUUCUGCUCACAGACAAGCAGUAUAUAUUAGUGAGGGGAAAAGUUGAAAAGAUAAGUAAAAAACAUGUAAAUAAUGUGUGUAUAAUUAAAUGUUUGCCAUUUUAAAUAUAUCUAUGAAAUUAUAUCCGAUAAUUAUCAGUACUGUAUGCCCAACUGGUAUUUAAGUGAUUUGUACUGUCAAAUUAAUAUGCUUGUGAACCUCAUCUUGCUUGCAUUUGUUUCUUUGCAUCUGCGUUUCCAUGGUUACUUGAUCAGUCAUGGUUAGGACUGACGUGUCUCAAGUGGUGUUCAAAAACAUUUUCAUUUGAUAUCAGAUAUCAGCCAUGAUGUGUGAAGUAUAUUUUGAUGUCAGUACUUAGGAUUUUAUUACUCAAAUUAGAAUAUCUUUUCUCUGACACAAAGCCAUUGGCUCAGGAUAAAAAGGGUCUAGUUAUUGAGACUGGGCAUAAACGUUGAGCGUUAUGCUCUUGGUGGACACGAUGUAUGGUAAAUGUAUUUAAUGUAAUUUUAGUGGGAGUUGAUGAAGUUGUGUAAAAUUAAUAAUAAUCAAAAAUCAUUAGUAAACCGUACUUUGAAGCAGCUUCUUGUGUGUUAGGAAAUGUAAAAGUUAUAUUUCUGUAAAAUAAAGGCUAUGAAAUUCUACCUUUGUUUAACUUUUACAAUCGUGGUUAGAUUUGUCGUAUAAUAUGUAGUAGACAUUUACAUUUAGCAGAC